CUGAUUUUCUUGACGCUGGUUUGAGUCCAGUCCAGCUCGCCUGCAUUCCUCCUCUCUCUAAAGCCUGACCGAUAGAGACAGAGAAAGAAAGGGGGGAGAAACACCGAUUAUUAUUCUCAACCGUGUUGGAUUUUUAAGAGCCACGGAGUCGACACACACCGGACACACCGACCAGACCACGCCACGAAAAAAUAACCACGGCAAGCCUGCUCCAUUUGGACCUAGCAUACCGACAAAAAGGCGUGUUUUUCUUACGUAAAGGCCCGGUAAUGUGCCUGUGUAGGUCAGCUAUCGAAAAGCAGCUUUGGUGAAACGGCCUCUCCACGGCGGAUAUCUCCUUUUUUUUUUACUGAGGAUUUGCAAGAUGGCUGAUGACAGCUACCCCUAACAAGGACAGAAAAGCGACGUCCCCUUUAAGAUUAGGAGGGUAUAUUUUUGUAUUUUCUCUUAGUUAAAUAUAUAAAAUAUGACCGCUUUUAAAAAAUAAUGACCAUAGCUUUUAACAACCUUCAACCCUUGUCGGCUAAUCUAGUGUUUAUCUGUACCUGUGCUCUGGUAGAAAAUGGUGAGGUGACGUCUGAGGUAAUUUACACGAUUUAAUCAAGAUAAGGAAGUAGACAAAUUAUGUUGUUGGCUAAAGGCUGAGGCGACGAUAGGUGAAUAAGGUGGAGAGCAACGUGAAAAGAGGCUAAAAGCUGUAUAAAAUAAUAAUAUUAAUCCCGGGGUGAGGAGAUAUUUGAUAGAUGUGUCGGAGGGGGGAAACCAAAAGGCUCUGCAACAGCAGCCAACAUUCCUGCGGAUCCUUAAAACCCUUUGUUUUGUGCGCAGGAGCUGGACUCGACUAUUAAAACGAUUAACUAUGCAGUAAACAGGCUCGAAAUGAUGGCCCGGGUAUGAAUUUGUGUUUAAUGAGAUUAUAAGGCCUUUGUUGUCGACAGAAACCUGGUAGAAAAAAGCCGAGGCCUUGUGUACAGAUAUGCGAGCUGUGCCACAUAGCAGGCGUUAUUCAUCAAAUAGAAAUGUCACUUUUAUGUUGAAUUGAAGGGCUGGAAGUAGCUGGGUUGUUAAUCUGACUUUGUGAAACAGUAUUUUUUGUCUACUGCCAAACCGUCGCUGGUUGUAUGUAUAAUUAAAUUGCAGGUGGAGGCUCCUUUGGAUACUUAUUUAUGAUUCAGCGGACAAAAGCGUUGCGCUGCGUUGUGAUUAUUGACGGAAUCAAGCGUCCUUGAGGUCUAGAUAGAACAGAUUCAGGUUUUUUUCAAGAAAAAGCUCUCUUUGUGUGAAUAGUAAUCAGGGUGUGGACUGGACUGGAGCAGUCCUUUCUCAUGGUUUUCAUGCUUCGUUCGUUGGUCUGAAUUGGUCCACAGUCAAUCAUAAUCCGACGUUGACGUGAAGGAAGCUCAAGGUAAGGGCCUGAGCAGGCAGCAGAGAAAAGGAGAUCAAGUGUCUUUUCAUGUGCUACACGGAGAUUGAUUCACCUCAUGAUCAUAUGAGUAAUUGUGAUUGUUGGAUAUUUUAGUUCUCUGUGCCUUGUUUGCAUUUUGACCUGUAGCUGACAGGCCUUUAGCUUCCUGUAGGCCUAUAAACACAUAUAAGCUGUAAAGGCAGACCUGUUUGUGUGUGUGUGUGAGUAAUUUAGAGGAAAGGAAAGCACCGUUUACUGUAAUCUGUAUAACGUCAGCCCCUGCUGUGUGUGUGUGUGUUGAAAUCACCAAGGUGUUGUCAUCCUUUGCCUGAAGCCUUCUCUGGUCAAUUUUCCUGAAAUUUUCCUUCCUGCUGCAGCAAUAAGCAAUACUCGUCACCUGUCAGGGAGAUUAAUUUGGUCACAAGGGUUGAAAUAUACAGACUGAUCUUUCGGGACGGCAUCAGAUCUGUUUUUAUCUUUUUCCUCAAGACUCGUUUUUUGGAGAGUGUCAGGUUUCCCUCGAGUACAGAGAGGCCUAGAGGUCUGGUAGAAGUGGGUAUCAGUUAGUGUAUGCCUGCCUGCACCAUGAUGGCCUCUGACAUGGCUGAGACGUGGAGGAACUGUUUUGAGGAGGAGCUCAUCUGCCCCAUCUGCCUGCACGUGUUCUCAGAUCCCAUCCAGCUGCCCUGCAAGCACAACUUUUGCCGGGGCUGCAUCAGCGAGGCCUGGGCCAAAGACUCCACGCUGGCCCGCUGCCCUGAGUGCAAUCAUGCUUACACGCAGAAGCCGAGCCUGGAGAAGAACCACAAACUGUCCAACAUAGUCGAGAAGUACAACGCCCUGAGCGUGGAAAAGGCCACCCCGCCGGCGCUGCAGUGCAUCCUGUGUCGUCGAGGCCCACCACUCCCCGCAGUGAAGGUCUGCCUGCGCUGCAACGCCCCGUGCUGCCAGUCCCACGUCCAGACUCACCUGCAGCAGCCGUGCUCAGCGCUUGGGCACCUGUUGGUGGAGGCGGAGGCCGUUAAGGCCUGGACCUGCCUGCAGCACGACGAGUACAGGCUGUACCACUGCGAGGCCGAGCAGACAGCCGUGUGCCAGUACUGCUGCUUCGCCCGCUGCCACCCCACCCACGGCCACGCGUCAUCUGACGUGGAGCUGCGACGCAACGACAUCAGACAAAGCCUGUUAAGACAGCAGGAACGCGUUGAGGAACGAGUGCAGGAGAUCGAAGAGCAGCUCUGCAAACUUGACUCUGACAAGAUUGUGGUGGAGGACAGGGUGUGUGAGCUAAAGGAGGAGGUGCGUCUGCAGUACCAGCGGAUGCACCAGCUCCUGGAGGAGGAUCUCGGUCGGACACUGGAGGCUCUGGAUCGGGCUCAGGCUCGUUUCUGCCAGGAGAACGCUGCCCAGGUUUUAGCUCUGGGCGAGCAGCGCCACGAGGCCCAGAAGCUGCUGAGCUCCAUCCACACGGCCUUCAGCAAGGCAGAGGAACUGAGCUUCAUGAAAAACACCAAGCCUGUUAAAAUCCUCACAGACAGGUCUCAGUCAUGUGUGGGCAGCAGUCUCCCUCCUUACAAAGUGGGUAAUCUAAACUCAAAACUAUUCCUCUCUGAAAUCUCAAAAAGAGAGAAGAGCUUGAAGAGAACGCUGGAAGCUCCCCUCACCCCUCCCUCGACUUUCCUGCAGUGUGUUCCUGCGUAUCCCAGCGGUCAGAGCUCCGGCUCUGGAGCAGAGAAACGGAAACAUUCCACCGCCUUCCCAGAGGGAAAUGGGAACGUCGGAAAAAACUCAGCUCCAGGUUUUAAGGACUCCUCUUCCUCUUCUUCUUCCUCAUCAUUAGCCAAACAGCCCUACCUGGGCUCCGGCUCUGCCUCUGGAGAAGGUCAGUCCACCAAUCAGCAGCCUCUAGGCCCCUGCGGCCCGCCUCACAUCAGCGAGAGCGGCGGGACAGGAAGCGGAAGCGGCUCUCUGACCAACCACCAUUCAGGCUCCGUGUUCAGCUCCUCACACUUUCCUCCUGGAGGCAGCAGCUCCUCGCACUCCUCCCAGCAGGCUGUGCUGCCUCAAUACGGCGGCCGUAAGAUCCUGGUGUGCACGAUGGAUAACUGCUACUGCUCCGGAGUGCCCUCUGUAUCAGGCCACCGCGGCCAUCCCCCAUACCCGCGCUCUGGCUCUUUCCCCUGGGUCAGCGCCCAAGACUACCCCCCUCCUCCCGGCCUGGCCUCUGGAGGUCCGUCCAUGCAGGGCUUGGCGGUGAGGGACUGGAUAGACGCCUCGCAGACGCACAGACAUGCAGAUUUUUACGGGCUGUAUGGGCAGCCCUCUACAAAGCACUAUGUCACCAGUUAACAGAGUAGAGACGCACACAAACACACACACACACACACACACACACUUGGAUAUAGAGACCAUCACCAAAAUAGCACACCUUUACCGUCUUAAUAACCGGAAAAAAAAGUUAUACUAUACACACAUUAAAAUAUUAAGAUUUAUAUCCACACACACACACACACUCAGAUCUAGAACAUCUAAACACAUUCGGGGGCAGGGUUGAUCUCUUGUGUUUUUAUUUUCCUCUUUUCUUUAUUUUCAGUCAGUGUUUCAUGUAGUGUAUUAUACGUAAAAGCCUCACUCUGGCACAACUUGGCUCAGAAUUUUACACAUAAACAAGAAACAAUGAGAGACGAGAGUGACACAUGCAUUUCUGACACAGGCAUUUUCUUUUCUUUUUUUUAUUUAUAGAAAAUUAACUUUUAUUAGAAAACGCCUCUUUGUGGCUUCUCACUGACUCUUUAGGGAAAAGAGAUAAAACCGUGCAGUGUUGAGCUUUCCAGUUUAGCGCCUGUAUCAUGUUUCUCUGAUAUAAUCACCCCUCUAGUUGUACUGAGGUCAAUUGCCUUAUGUUAUUAGCAUCAUAUUUUUCUCUGCCCAGCUCAUUUUGUUUGCUAGAUCCUUUUUAAAAGAGAGAAUGCGGUCCCUUCGUGUCUCUUGAUUUUCAUCGUCAUGGCUCUUCCUUUCUUUGCUGAGUUCAGGGAUGGAUCGUACGGCUUAAACACAAAACGCUCUUCCAUGGAACACCCACAAUGCACUUGUGGACGCCUUGUUAUGCCUGGACUACAGAUGCAGGGAGCUGCAUCGCAAGGGCCGGUUGACCCUGGCCCAAAGAGUUGGGAAUUUGGCCCUUAUUCCUAUAGCACUCCCUUCCUAAUAUCAGGCUUCCCACAGGACAGAAAAUCUUCUGACAAAGACUGUUUCCAUUUAGUAAUUACUAUGACUUUGUGUUAUUUGGUACAUCUGUCGGCUUCAUGCUUGUCCAGAGAAACUCUUUGCUUUUAGAGAAAAAGGCAAGACUGGACAGACCAAACCAAUCAAGCAUCUGGAGGAUCUGAUGAUGCUGUAAUUGUACUUCCUGCAGGGCAAAGAUGUCACUUCCUCUCAAUAAGCACACAAGCUCUUGGCUUCCUGUUUGCAGCUGAAAGCAUGCAAGGAAGAGUUUUUUUUUUUUUUUUUUUCAAAGGAAGAACAAUGGGGUUAAAAAAUGUAUGCAGUUUUAAAAUGAGUGUAUGGACAAAAAAGAAGGGUGGGAGGAAUUUUUUUCAUCAACUUUUUCUAAAAGAACAAGACUGGACUGCGAGAUGUAAGCAAUUGUCAUCCUAAAAAGGAGCUGUUUCAACAGUCAACCUAACGAGAGAAAAAACAACAACAUAAAAGUAUCUUUUUUUGUAAAUAUUUUGUGAAAUGGAAAAAUUACAGACGUGAUUUGGAGGAGGGUUCCAAAUAAACAAACAAAUUUAAA